CUCUAGAGCCGUGGGUUGCUGACCUUCGUCCUAACAUAUUAAAUGGCAUACUGUAACUGUUGCAUUCAUUUGAACCCACAUUUUCUAUAUAUUCUGGCCAGGGUUUGUUUAUUUACUCAACUGCAGAGGGUACUGGGUAUCAGUGUUUGUAGUAAGGAAAACAAUCAAUAUUUUAGCAUCUCUUUCUCUUCAAAGUCCAAUGUAAGCAUCAUCUUUACAGAUGACACGUUUGGUGCCACAUUUGUGUCUUCAACUGCAGCGUCUUUUUUAAAUAUUCCUCGACUUGGGGGAAAUGAAGACCUGUCUGCAGUCGCUGUUUGAUGUGUGUCCACGAAACAAAAGGCAGCGCUGUUAGUCUUCAGCCUCCAGUGGCUCGUAGCGAGGCCAGAGCAGUGUGGGUUCAGUUGUCCACAUGAACACAGAAGCACUUUGUCUGCUGCACAUUUUUAAUGAAAUACUCCCAGGUGGAGUCUCAUUGCCAGGUGACCCCAACUGCCCCCCACUGGAUGUAUAUAUGAGAUAAUAAUACGGCAUUGGGUAACGCUACCCUGCUAUAGUAUCUUCAGAUGAAGGAAGGAUUAUAUGGAAAACUCUCCUCCCCUCGGAUUCCCGCUUCACUGACUCUUUGUUUUGGGUUCCCUGCAAUGAAAUCCACCUGCUCCCCACUCCCUGUUGCAAUACAAGGAUUAUCUUAAGUCUCCCAAACAGAGUGGACAUGGCGCUUUUAGGGAGAACUUCAGCUCUCCUGCUCUUUUUCUUCUUCUCGCAUCUUCUUUGCGUUCACUGCGUCUCCCAUCAAAAAGCGACAGUGUCGUGGUGUGUGAUAUCGGACGCGGAGGAGCAGAAGUGCACGGAUCUGGCCGGGAACGCCACAGCUCGGAAUGUCAGGGGGAACUUGCGAUGCGUUCGAGGCCUAGACACCAGGGACUGCAUGGAGAAAAUUAAAAACGGGAGCGCGGACGCAGCCUCCAUGUUUGCGGACGACGUCUACGCUGCAGGUCUGUGUCACGGCCUGGAGGUGUCAGCAGGGGAGUCCCUCAACGGAGUGGAUGGUGUCAGCUACUAUGUGGUGGCGCUUGCCCGUCGUUCCUCCUCCGACUUGUCCUUGCUGGAGAUGCAUGAACGCAGCUCCUGCCACCCUGGCAUGCGCACCACUGUGGGCUGGACCGUUCCCAUCGGCUACCUGGUCAACACCUCGCAGAUCGGCGUCGGGGAGCAGUGCAACUUUCCCCGCUCCGUGGGCAACUUCUUUGGUUACAGCUGCGUGCCCGGCAUCAAGGACCCCCAGCACGACCCCAGAGGCAACAACCCCAAGAACCUGUGCGAGGCCUGCAUAGGCGACGAGAACGACAGACACAUCUGUGCCAGCAACCCCCAAGAGCGCCACUACGGAGAGGCUGGGGCGCUGAGGUGUGUGGCUGAGAACCUGGGCGACGUGGCUUUUGUCAAACACACGACUGUCUUUGACAAUCUGGAUGGUAGGAACCAAGAAUCCUGGGCGCUGGACCUGGAAGCGGAGGACAUGAAGCUGUUGUGUCCCGACGGCAGCGAGGCCGAGCUGGAGGAGUACACACACUGCCACUUGGCCGCCGUGCCCGCCAACGGCGUGGUGGUGCGCGUGGAGGACAAAUGUCGCGUUUGGAAGUACUUGGAACGGCUUCAGAACAUCUUUGGUAACGCCACGGAGGGCUUCAGCCUGUUCAGCUCUGCGGGCUACGCCGACUCCAACGUGCUCUUCAGUGACUCCGCCCACCACCUGCUGAGGGUCCUGGGCUUCACCUCCUGGCUGGGUCACUCUUACACCAGCGCUCUGCAGGCCUUCGAGUGCGAAGGUGACAAGGCUGUCUACAGGGAGGAGGUCCUGAAGCUGACGGCCUGGUCUAAGGAAAAAAACAACCUCGCUCUCAACUCCAGCAAGACCAGAGAGAUCAUCGUCGACUUCAGCACCGACCCUGCCGCCCUCUACAUCAACGGCGAGCGUGUGGAGAGAGUCCACUCCUUCAGUCAACACCGCAUCAAUCGUCAAGAAGGCUCAGCAGCGGCUACAUUUCCAGAGAGUCCUCGGGAAGAACAACCUGAAGCCUGA